AUGGGACAGGAUGAAGACCUGAAGGUGGUUCCUCUGCAGACCACAGACCCUGACUACCAGACUGUUUCUCAGAGCUUCAUCACUUCAGUUCAACAGCCAAAUGCAACAAUAAUUAAGAUUGAACGGAUACAGAAUAAGACCUUGUAUCAGCAGUAUGUGGCUAAGAAAAAACAAAUAUCAAAACAAUCCAGUCAGCCAGCCGAGAGGAAACUGUGGCAUGGAACCAGUGCUGAUGCUAUAGUUUCUCUUUAUACACAUGGAUUUAACAGAAGUUACUGUGGAAAGAAUGCAACCUAUUUUGGUGAUGGUGUAUACUUUGCAGUUAGUGCAAAUUAUUCUGCACGUGAUACCUAUUCAAGACCAGAUCCUCAAGGUCAUAAGUACAUGUAUUAUGCCUCCGUUCUCACUGGUGAUUUCGCAAAGGGACAACAAGGGAUGAGAGUUCCACCAGUAAAGAGCACGAAUAAGUCUCAGUUGCAUGAUUCUGUUGUUAAUGAUGUUAAUAAUCCGCAAAUAUUUGUCAUCUUCAAUGACACACAAGCAUACCCAGAUUAUCUCAUUAAAUUCACUCUCUGAGAAAUUAACUUACAUGUGAUUAUGUAUUCUAGCAAAUAGCAAAAAGUUUUCAGUUUGUCAGUUUUUGUGUUAAAUCAGACGAUUUGUGUACA